AUGGCGUCAAAGCUUGUGCCACAGUUGGUACGCCAGGUGACGAGGACAGCCACCAGAGCUCCUCGCAGACAGCUGUUUCAUCCAAGACAAUUCUCAACCUCGCCGUCGUCGCGGAGUGAAUCGCUUGCAGUGCAUCGCAAUACCCCCGAAAACAACCCUUCCAUCCCCUUCAAGUUCAACGAGACCAAUCUCCGCCUCAUCGAUGAGAUCACCAAGCGCUACCCACCACAGUACAAAAAGGCCGCCGUCAUGCCCCUCCUGGACCUGGGCCAACGCCAACACGGCUACACCUCGAUCAGCGUGAUGAACGAAGUGGCCCGUAUCCUCGAGAUGCCGCCCAUGCGUGUCUACGAAGUCGCGACCUUUUAUACCAUGUACAACCGCAACCCGGUCGGGAAAUAUUUCGUCCAGGUGUGCACCACCACGCCGUGCAUGCUGGGAGGAUGCGGCAGCGACGUCAUCAUGAAGGCCUGCGAAGAGUUUCUGGGCAUCCACUCCGGCCAGAUGACCGAAGACAAACUCUUUUCUCUCCUCGAGGUGGAAUGUUUGGGUGCUUGCGUCAAUGCACCCAUGGUACAGAUCAAUGAUGACUACUACGAGGACCUCACACCGGAGACAAUGAAGCAAUUGUUGCAGGCGCUGAAGGACUCGUCCACUAUCAGUGGCUAUGAUGUGUCAAAAGUCCCGCGGCCAGGACCACAAGUCUACGAGGGGAAACAGAGAAUGACCUGCGAGCCGAGGGCUGGGCAAACCACGCUGCUGAGCGAACCAUAUCAUAGCAAAGACGUGCUGAGGGCCGAUGGGGAGCUGUAA